AUGAAGAUUACACAACUUAUAUACAUCUCGAGUGUGGUUAUCGCAUCGAUCGAGGCGCUGGAAUAUAUAAUACGCUUCGAGACGAAGAAGCAGCGCUGCCUGAAUCCCCCCCGAACGGCCAGGAAGGUAGAAUCUGUCAUAGGGGAGUGCCAGGAUGAGAUCAGGAACAAGCUGGUCCACGAGGCCUAUGAGAUAAUCAAGGAGCAGGUGGCCCACGAACAGCCGCCCAUUGAUCCCAACGAUGACUCCAUCGACUUCAUUUGGCCAUCUGCUCCUGACGGCUCAGCAGCUGAUCACCCUCCUCCUCCUUCGUCCAGUGGCCCAGUUAACAUCAGCAACUACGAGUAUAUAGUCUACGAUGAGCCCGAGCCCCACCGCCAUGUGGCCAGGCUAAUGAGGAGCAUUCGACGCCUGGAUGUGGCCAGCUCGGGUAUAUAUCAUCCCACUCUGGUGCCCCUGGAGGACAAACGCAUAGCGGGGUGCCUGCUGCACUGCGUUUAUGCUAGGAACAACGCUAUAGACCACAAAGGCUGGCCCACGCUUGACGGAUUGGUCCACUUCUACUCCGAGGGCGUUGACGAGCAUGGCUUCUUUAUGGCCACUUUGCGGGCCGUGAACCUUUGUCUCAGGACAAUGACCGUCCGGUAUAGAGUCAAUCGCAAGGAGCUGCCCCAAAAAGGUGAAAGCUGCGAUCUGGCAUUUGAUGUCUUCGAUUGCAUAUCCGACCAAAUUACCGGCUACUGUCUGGAUCAAUACAGCAGAUACUAAUUAGUCGUUAGUUGUUAGUCGCAGUAUGUGUGUGUUUGUGUUGCAAUAAAAUGUUUAGUACAAGUUUAUUUCGAGUUGGAGAGUGUCUCAAUUACAUUUUUACGAUUGAAUCGGAAAAACAAGGUUAAGAUAUAACAAUAUUUCAGCCUUUGGAUAUUAUUUAAAAAUAAACUGGGAUGUGUACAGUGAAAGAGAAAUGUGAGCAUAUUAUUUUUAUUUUAUUUAUUUUUUUUACCGUUUUUAGACAACCUGAUAGAGCUAUAGUUAAAGUUAUUAUCUUAAUAUUUAUAAAAAAAAAUAUUAAAGAGAAAGUAUUUAUAUUAAAAGUUAAAAAGGACUUAUCAAAAAAUUGAGGCAGUUAUCCUGGCGAUUUUAUAAUAUUUUUGCUAAAAUUACUAAUUAAUGUUUCCAUAUAUUUCCUUAAAGGAAUUUAAUCUAAUGCCUUGUAAUAUAUG